CAUUUUUCUUACAAAAAUCCCAUUCCAAAUACGAGUCGUCAGCGAAGCUUAAACAUCAUAUCUUAUAUAUCUUGACCAUCCUGAAUUUCCAUCCGACCUUGCGAAAUUGGAAUACUCUUUUCCCAAAUGCCCUUUCUGUCAACCCCCUUAACACUCGCAGCCACAGGCGGCAUCUUGGGAUCCGCAUGGGUAUCAGGUAAGUCGGUGCGAGAUAUAUAAGUACCUAAGGUAGAGUAAUGAGCGAUAAGAUACUAAUGCAGAGGCACUUCUGUAGGUAAUAUCACCGCAUUAUCCAUCUGCGGAGUACCAGCAAUCCUCGCAAGCGGGACCACAACAGAAGGUCUUCUAAGAGGGUGGUCUUUACAGUUCAAGAGGGGAGCAUCCUACAUGCCGACGACCGCAGUAGCAGUCGCCCUAAGCUAUGUCUAUUUAGCUUUCCGACAUCGUGAACGUGGAUUUGAAUGGAGGGGGUAUGCUGCCGGCGCGUUAUCUAACGUCUUGCUUGUCCCCUUCACUUUGAUCUUUAUCGGUGGCAUCAAUAACAGGAUGCUCGCGGCCGAAUCGGGAACGGGCAAGCAGUUGAGUCAAGAGACUGUUCGGCAUCUGAUCGCGACAUGGGGAAAGCUAAAUGCUGUCCGGGUCUUUAUGCCAUUAGCUGGUGCUGCUUUGGGUCUAUGGAAUUUCCUUCAAUGAUUAUGGAGGUCCUCAAAUAGCUGAGAGAUAAGACCAAUAUGGGAAACAGGUCAUGAUCCUGUUCGAUACUCUACCGUGGUCCAGAAUUUUACACGUCAUAACAGUGCAUAAAUUUAAUCGAUGUCGUCUUAUUCAUAACCAUCGGUCGUCCUUUCUAUAUAACUUAGC